UGGGGGAGUGGCGCCCGGGCCAGCUGGGCUCUGCAGCCGGGGGUUCCCGGUUCAUAGUGGAAAGUGACAGGAGCCGUGCAGAGGGAGGCGCCCAAAGAGCAGCGCCCCGCAGCCACCCAGUCUCGGGGGAGCGAUCAGCUCCCCCGCCCCCGGCUCCCACCCUGCCCGGGGUGGGGGCUCCUCAAGCCUUCAGCCCCACUCCGGGGCUCCUGAUGGAAGCCUGCUGCGUCCCCGGAGGAGCGGGAGGAGGAGUCGGCUAAAUGCCGUGGUGCACCCCGGGCCCCUGAGCCCAGCCCGCCCCGCGCCGCUGCCCUAAGGCCCCCCGCGCCCCCGCGCCCCCGCGCCCCGGCCGCGCCGCCUCCGCCCGGCCCUCCGCUAGGUUCGCCUGGGACCUGCCCCCCGCCCGCGGGGCCGCGCGCCGCCGCCCUGGAGUGAGGGAGCCCAGCCCAAGGGGGUCCCCGGAACGCGCCGCGAUGGACGCGGUAUUGGAACCCUUCCCGGCCGACAGGCUGUUCCCGGGAUCCAGUUUCCUGGACUUGGGGGACCUGAACGAGUCGGAUUUCCUCAACAAUGCGCACUUCCCCGAGCACCUGGAGCACUUCGCGGAGAACAUGGAGGAUUUCUCCAACGACCUGUUCAGCAGUUUCUUCGAUGACCCAGUACUGGAUGACAAGAGCCCACUGCUGGACAUGGAGCUGGACUCCCCCACACCUGGCAUCCAGGCGGAGCACAGCUACUCCCUGAGCGGGGACUCGGCGCCACAGAGCCCCCUGGUGCCCAUCAAGAUGGAGGACACCACCCAGGAUGUGGAACAUGGAGCCUGGGUGCUCGGACACAAACUGUGCUCCGUCAUGGUGAAGCAGGAGCAGAGCCCAGAGCUGCCCGUGGACCCGCUGGCUGCCUCCUCUGCCAUGGGCACCACCACCAUGGCACCCGCUCCACUGCUGGGCCUCAGUCCCCUAUCCAGGCUGCCCGUCCCCCACCAGACCCCAGGAGAGAUGACUCAGCUGCCUGUGAUCAAAGCCGAACCCCAGGAGGUGAACCACUUCCUCAAAGUGACUCCUGAGGACCUGGCGCAGAUGCCUCCGACUCCCCCCAGCAGCCACGGCAGCGACAGUGACGGCUCCCAGAGUCCCCACUCUCUGCCCCCCUCCAGCCCUGUUCGGCCCCUGGCCCGCUCCUCCACAGCCAUCUCCACCUCCCCUCUCCUCACUGCCCCACACAAACUGCAGGGCACCUCGGGGCCGCUGCUCCUGACGGAGGAGGAGAAACGCACCCUGAUCGCGGAGGGCUACCCCAUCCCCACGAAACUGCCCCUCACCAAAGUGGCAGCCCUGUGCUUCGUCCUAGUGCUGGGCUCCCUUGUGCCCUGCCUCCCCGAGUUCUCUGCCGGCUCACAGACUGUGAAGAAAGACCCCGCGGCCACUGGCAGCGUCUACACGGCCAGUCAGAUGCCCUCCCGAAGCCUCCUGUUCUAUGAUGAGGGGGCAGGCUCCUGGGAGGAUGGCCCCAGUGCCUUGCUGCCCGUGGAGCCCCCGGAUGGCUGGGAAAUCAAGCCUGGGGGGGCAGCCGAACAGCGACCUCAAGACCCCCUGCAGCAUGACCACCUGGACGCCACUCACGAGACCACCAAGUACCUGAGCGAGGCCUGGCCGAAAAACAUCAGCAAAAACAGCACCCACCCUGACUUCUCACACCCCAAGGAGUGGUUCCAUGAGAGAGAUCUGGGCCCCAACACCACCAUCAAACUCUCCUAGGCCAAGCCAAGACCCAGGACCCUGGACAUGACCCCAGAACCCUGAAGAGGGCUUUCCUGACUCACUGACCCGGAUCCGGCUCACUCUCUGCACCCUGCCUCCUGGAGUCCCAUCGAGGAGAAAGGGUUCCACUACUUCCCAGCCUUUGGUUGGGGUCUCGCCACUGCCCCUGCCCCCCCCCCCAAAUCUGGACUGUCCCCUAGCCCCUCAGCCCACACCCCACUGGUCCAUAACCAUCCAUCCUCAGAAAAACCACUCACUGGUCUGCCCCCAUCUCCUUCAUAAAGACCAUCAGGACCACUGCCUCCCUGCCUCCUCUUCACACCCAAACACCCCCCCACCCUACCCUGACUGUGUACAGAGACCAACGACAGAAAUUGUUUGUAAAUAAUGAACCUUAUUUUUUAUUAUUGCCCCUCUCCUAAGAUAUUGUAUUUUACAAGUCUCUCUCCCACCUUCAUCUCCUCCCCCUUUUUAUAUUUUACGAAGUUAGCGCGAGCUUUGCUGCUCCCUGGUCCAGGAAAAAGGGUGCCCCCCUCACACACACCCCCUCACCUGACCACCCCCCCUGCUGCUGCCCAAGCCGCUGGGCUGUUUUAAUUGCCAAACCGCUUCCCCCUCAGCUCGGCACAUGCUUUAAGAAGGCAAACAUCAGAAAAAAAAAAGGAAAAAAAAAAAGAUUCAGCAUCAA